AAAGGAUGACUAUGACUUUGAUCCGCAACAGGCUGGGGCUGCUGGUUCUUGGAGUCCUGGUUACCUUUGUCCUCUAUCUGUUGCUUCCGGCCAUCCAGCAUGAGAGGUUCACAGCACGCCUAGAUGACUCCAAGCCCCUGGCCAUGGAAGAGAGAAGCCAGCAAGAUGCCAACACCACUGUCCUAACUGGGACAGUUGAGGGAGACCCACCCAUCCUGUACAGGGAAGCCUUCCUGCUCCAGAAAGCUGGAACUCCUAGCUCAAAGAGGCUGGAUGUGAUCUUCCUACAUGGCCAGGCUUUCACGUCCAAGACGUGGGAGGACCUGGGCACGCUGGCCCUGCUCUCGGAAGAAGGCUAUCGUCCCAUCGCCAUUGACCUUCCUGGCUUUGGUAGCUCCCCGCGAUCUGAUGCUGUCUCCACGGAGCAGGGCCGGGUGGCUCUCCUGCAGCGUGUCCUGAAGAUGCUGAGUGUCCACAAGCCAGUCCUGGUCAGCCCUUCAAUGAGUGGCCACUACUCUAUCCCCUUCCUGCUGGCACAUGGGGCAGAGUUGAAGGGCUUUGUGCCCAUCGCUCCUGUGGGCACCAAGGAUCAUUCUGCACAGCAGUACCAGGAGGUCCAGACCCCAACUUUGAUCAUCUAUGGGGACAGGGACACAGGCCUGGGCACACAGUCCUUGCAGAGCCUCCAACAGAUCCCAAAGCACCAAACGGCUGCACUGCGGGAUGCUGGCCACGCCUGCUACCUGGACAGGCCACGCGAGUUCCACGAGGUGCUGCUGAGCUUUCUGGGCGAGCUGAAGUGACUCCAGCCCAGCCCAGCCCAGAGCCUGGCCACGGGGCUGACUGACUGACUGUGUUCUUAUGGGCUGUGGAGUCUGCUCUGCCUGUGGCUGGUGUUUCUUAUUGUUAGCUUGUGGCACUACUUCCCCCACCCCCACCCCCGUGCUCCUGGCUGUCUCAUCCUGUAGUGACUCUGUCUAGAGGGGGUCAGGGGGCCAGGGGCUUCUGGUGUGUGUGGGGCUGGAGUGGUUCCCCUGGAGGGUUAUGUGCACCCUUGUUCUUUCCAGGUGUUGGCUGCUGCUAGUAUGUUGUCUGGCUCUGAAAGGGGAUAUGGCAGCUGCUGGGGUUUCUCUUGUUCAGAGACACACACUUGUAUGGGUGUUUGGAAGCUUCCUUCUGCUUCCAGCUGAGAUCUGGGGCAUGCUGUCCUUCAGAAUCCAGGCCCCACUCAGCUUUCCCUGCAGGGCAGGUGGAUGGAUGGUGGAAUCUGCAGGGAGGCUUCCAGAGGAGCUGGAGACCAAGGGGGCUUUGCUAAAUUGAGGGCAUCUGCCUGGGACAUCCGAGUAAAAGCCAGGCUGAGGCCAGAAGACCUAGCAUGGCUUGCAAUGGCUUCUCCUAAAGGAGUUUUGGAGUAUCACAUCAGGGUGUGCUGGGGCUGUCUUGGAAGUGGGCAAGGAGGUCUCAAUGGGCUGGGAAUUGGUUGGUGGUGGUUCUUGGUGUUGAAUGGACUCCUUGUCUAUAUUUCAGAUAUUCAGGGAUGGCUGAUCUUGCUGCUUUCCCUGCUGAUAUGUAAGUUUUCCCCCUGCCCUACCUGGGGCAAAGGGUCUCUGAAGGUUGUCUGUAACAAGGCCAAUAAACUGUUUUGUACAGGG